UCGAAAUAUCCGCAUAAAUAUUAUAUUACACCACAUAAUCCCAAUGAGUAAAACAAUAUUUCUAUAUUUUAAAAAACAAUUUUUGCAAAAGAAAUUCCAUUCUUAGGAAUUUUUUUAGGACCGCUUUCCGAAGCGGUCAUACAUCCAAGUCGCGACCAAUAUUUUAGAAAAUAUUUUAACAAUAUUUUUAAUAAAGAUUUUUAUAAUCUUUUUUCGUCAUAUAUAUAAAAUAUGUAUAAAAUAUUUUUAUAAUAUUUAUAAAAAAUUUUUAUGAUAAAUAUUUAUUAUUAUAUAUAUUUAUUAAUAUAUCAACCUCCCUGAUAUUUCGAAGCCAGCCCUCACGCAUAAUUUCAUUCUUCGGUAAAUGGAAGAAACUUACUUUUCAGAGAUUAUCUGUUGUAUUAUUUGCACACGAUUUUACAAUACACCGCAUUUUUAUUAAAUUUCACAUAAAAAAUUGUGAAUUACGAGCUCCUCGAUUUUUCGCGUACUCCAAACUCCAAAUUAGGAAGUGGAAAACGAAGGAGAGACAAGGAUACAACGCAUAUAUCAUACGGUGUGACAAAGAUACAAUGAAAACAGUUGUAGUAACCUCAUAUCAUAAAACAUUUAGUUUUUCGCAGUUGCCAGCCUGUUUGCCGAACGACCACCUCGAUGACAAAAGGGGUGUGACUUCCGAAACGCUGGCACACCAUGUCUAUUCCCACCACGGUCGGAACGCUCCGAGCCGUUUGGCGCGGCAGCUGCACGAAGGGUGAAUACCGUCUCCUUCUACCUGUCUCUCAGGUCAUCUGUUGUGUGUAUUAGUGUAUAUAGACAUAUUAAUAAAUACGAAUAGUCUUCCAACACAUUUCAACUUCAAAUUUAACGGACUUUUAGACCAGCAAACACAUAACCCUGGCAGUAUAGCAGUUGACGUCGAACCGUACAGUUGAAUAUUCGCUACAUUUUCCUCAAAAUUAUGAAUCGCCAAAAGGGUUCAAGAGAUUUAAGAAAAUCAGACAAUUUAAGAAAAUCGAGAACAAGAAAAAGAAAGAACGUGUUUAAUCCACAAACAGUGGAGCACAAUGAAGACAGUUUUAGUGCAUCUGCAAAGAAACUCAAGAGGCAAAAGGAAAUAAUUGUGCCGCAAGACAAUAACAUAGAAUAUAGAAUUAUAAACUUUAUUACCGUUUUUUCCACUAUUUCCAAUUUUAUAAAGUGCAAGCAAUGUAAUGGAAAUAUUAAUUUUUAAACUGCAGAUACGCGCGGCCUCGGUUUUAAAAUUGUUUUACUGUGUGAUAAUUGCGAGCCUCAGUAUGUUCCUUCGAGUACUUUUGUCUCACAUUCCUACGAAAUAAAUCGAAGAUUUAUAUUUACAAUGAGAGUUCUAGAAUUAGGAUUAAAAGGUGCUCAAAAGUUUUGUGGCUUAAUGGACAUGCCGGCUUUUUUUCAUCAGUCCACGUAUGAUAUGAUUGUAAAAUAUAUGCACGAAUGUAUUAAAACUAUUGCUGAAAUACUUUUUAAAAAGACCGUGAAAGAAGAAGUAGCAAAGACUUGUAAAGCAAAAAAUUUGGAUAAAAUAACUAAAUUAACUGUGUCUGGUGACGGGACGUGGAAAAAGCUCGGAUUUAGUUCUUUAUUCGGUGUUUCUUCUAUCAUCGGAUAUUACACUGGCAAAGUUAUUGUGAAAAGUUCAUAUUGCAAAUUAUGUGAAUAUUGGAGUAAAAAAAAAGGUUCUGAAGAAUAUGAAGAAUGGUUAAGUACGCAUACAGAUGAAUGUCACGCAAACCAUCAAGGGUCGUCAGGUAAAAUGAAAGUAGACGCAAUUCUGGAAAUGUUCCAGCGUUCAGAAAAAAUUUACGAUAUAAAAUACACGAACUACAUCGGUGAUGACGAUUCAAAAACGUACAAGGGUAUCAUAAAUGCUGCUCCUUAUGGUGAUAUUCCUAUUAUUAAAAAAGAAUGCAUUGGAUACGUCCAAAAAAGAAUGGGAAGUCGCCUGCGCGAGUGCAAAAAGGAAACGAAAGGGCUCGGCGGUAAAGGCAAGCUAACGACAAAAAUGAUCGAUAAAUUAACAGUUUAUUACGGUUUAGCAAUACAACGACAUUGUGAAUCAGUGAAAGAUAUGUAUAACGCGAUUUGGGUAACAUAUGAUCAUUAUAGCUCUACAGAUGAAAAACCGUGUCAUAGUAGAUGUCCGACUGGAGUUGAGUCAUGGUGUACUUGGCAGCGCGCUUCGGCGAAAGGAGAGCUGGCUUUAUUUAAACAUGAUUAUAAACUUUUACCUCCAGAUGUUUUGACUGCAAUCAAGCCUAUUUAUGAAGAUCUUAGUAAGAGUACUUUACUAGAAAGAUGUCUUGGCGGGUUUAACCAAAACAAUAAUGAGAGUUAUAACCAACUGAUUUGGAAAAUUAGCCCAAAAAUUAUUCCAAGUGGCUCAAUUAUUGUCGAAUUAGCCGCAUAUAUCGCUGCCUGUGUAUUUAAUGAGGGAUCAAUAACAUUACUACAGAUGCUACAAUCCAUAGGAAUAACCUGGUUUGGAAUGGCAAUGGUCACCGCAAAACGCGUUUUAAAAAAUAGCUUCAUGGAUAUUGUCUAUAACUUUUUUAUUUAUUAAUAUUUUUGCAUAAAAAAAUAUGAAGAUUUUAUCAAAGUAGAUUCUUUCGAACACAAAAACUUUCGUACAGAAAUAUGCAUAUAUUUUCUAGAAAAAAAUUCACAAAAAUUCGUAUUUUUUUGGCCUCGCAACUAGAUAUGACCCCUUAAUAUAAUACACCUAAUAAUACAUCUGUUUUUACAGUGUAUGUCUAUUUAACAGAUGGCAACUGCAGCAGAAAGAAAAUAACACAAAUUAUUUGUAUAGUUUAAUAUAUAAAAUGUAUAAUUAAUGGCA